AUGUUGGCUGCAGCUUAUGGCAAGAUUGAAGCUGUAAAUUAUCUUUUAGACAAGGGAGCCGAUCCCUGUAUUAAAGAGCAGUCAGGAAGAAAUUUACUACACGCCGCUUCACACAGUGGUAAUGUCACCAUCAUCGAGACACUAAUGUCACGUGGUCUAGAUGUCGAUUCAAAAGAUAGUGGAGGGAGUACACCGUUGAUGUUGGCUGCAGUUUGUGGCAAGAUUGAAGCUGUAAAUUAUCUUUUAGACAAUGGAGCCGAUCCCUGUAUUAGAGACCAAUUAGGAAUGAAUUCACUGCACGCCGCUUCACAGGGUGGUAAUGUCACCGUCAUCGAGAAACUAAUGUCACGUGGUCUAGAUGUCGAUUCAAAAGAUAGUGGAGGGAAUACACCGUUGAUGUUGGCUGCAAUUGGUGGCAAGAUUGAAGCUGUCAAUUAUCUUUUAGACAAUGGAGCCGAUCCUUCUAUUAGAAACCAGUUAGGAAUAGAUUCACUACACGUCGCUUCACAGGGUGGGUGGUAA